AGUAAAGGAAAAAGGUUUAGGAGCACUAGCAGCCUUUUUAACGGACAAAGGGCGGGGAGAGAGAAGGAAACGGAUACGGAUAAAAGUGAAGCCAUGUUAAAAUGGCGGAAUUGAAAAACAGAGUUAAGUAGAUAUAAGGAAAGUAUUGAGGUCCGGUGCUGUUUGUUGCAAUUUCCAACGACACACAACAAUAUAGGUGCGUUGUCUGGGACAGAAAGUGGAGAGAGGGAGAGAGUGAGGAAGUGAAGCCUGGAGUGGAGGUGUGUAGUGAGUAAGAGAGGAAACGGAUAAGAACAUGGGAAGAUCCACUUCUUGUUUCAAAAUAAUAACAUGCGCUGGUGAUUCAGCUGAUAAAGACGAUGAUGAUCUUCUGGCUCCUGAGAACAAGAGUUCAAGUGACAAACGCGGAUGGAGUUUCCGGAAGAGAUCUGCCCGUCAUCGAGUUCUAAGCAAUACUAUCAUUGCAGAAGCCCCUUAUUCGGCCAAUAAGGAGAGCUCUGAAUCUGCCACUCUUACCUUCCAAUCACCAGAUUCCUCUAAUGUUCCAGAGAAAAUCUCUGUGAUACAGUGUACUGAUGAGAAGCCACAGUUGCCGAUUGCAGACUCAAAAGUGUCUGAGACUAUUGUUGUCACCAAGGAUGAAAGUGAAGCUCAUGCCCACCUUGAAGAAUCUGUUGUUAUUGUUAUACAAACUGCUGUCAGACAGUUUUUGGCCCGGAAAAAGCUGGUCAAGCUGAAAAAUCUGAUUAAACUGCAAGCUGCUGUGCGCGGACAUUUGGUCCGACAGCAUGCUGUUGGUACUCUAAGAUGUGUACAAGCCAUUGUCAAAAUGCAAGCACUUGUUCGUGCUCGCCGUUCUCGUUUGUUGCAAGAGGGCUCAUCUACAGAAAUCAAUAUAGAUGGAAAGCAUGAGAAGGCUAUUUCAGAGACCUUGGGGGAGGGGACCUCAAUUUCCAGACCAAAUGUAACAUAUAAAUCAAUGGAGAAGCUACUUAGCAAUAAGUUUGCUCGUCAGCUAAUGGAAUCGACACCAAAAGCGAGGCCUAUACACAUCAAGUGUGAUCCUUCGAAACCAAAUUCUGCUUGGAGCUGGUUAGAGAGAUGGAUGUCUGUUUCAUCAGCAGAACCAACACCACAACCCGGAUCGACAAAUGAGCAACUGGAAAGUGAGAGAAAAGCGCAUCUGGCCUCUUUACUGGAAACUGUAGUUCCAUGUGAAGGCUCUCUUGAGUUGGGAGAUUCAAAGUCCAAUUUGGAGGAAAUUGUUCUGCCCUCUGAAGCCAAACAGAAUCCGAUGACUAAUGAUGCAGAUGACUUUGAGUUUCAAGAGAGUCAUCCAACCUCUUCUUUAGUAGGAGGUGCUUCGGAGCUACCCCAGUUCGAGAAGAUCAGUAAAUCUGAUGCAAAAGAGGCCUUAGUAGACAUAAAUUCUCUUCCAAGUCAAAGUAUGCAAUCUGAUAUAAAUUCUCAUAUGCAUGUCAAAUUAGAGCCGUCGUCAGACAUAAAUACUCUUCCAAGCCAAACUAUGCAAUCUGAUGUAAAUUCUCAAAUGCAACUCAAUGCUCUUUCUCAUAAGGCUGAAACUGAAGUUGAACAAACUGAUCAACCCAAGCGCUCUAUGAAAAGGUAUGCCUCUGAACAAUUGGAGACUGAAGGUAAGAAGUUUGUAUAUGGAUCAAGAAAAGCUAGUAAUCCUGCAUUUGUUGCUGCCCAUUCCAAAUUUGAGGAGCUAAGUGUGACAAUGAAUUCAAAUAAAUCACUCAGUUCAUCUUAUCAAGAUAGUGGGGUUGAGUUGAACAUGGACACAGUUUCAUCUGGGGAAAAUACUGCAAUGAGUACAAUUGAGGUCAACAUGGUUGAAGACUCAGUUCCGAAUAAUUUGAGGGUUCAAUAUGGUGGUUCUGAAUGUGGUACUGAACUUUCUGUUACUUCCACUCUUGACUCGCCUGAUAGAUCUGAAGUUGGAGCUGCAUAUAAUGAGCACGAAGCAAGAUCCACAGAGAAAGAAACCUGCAAUCUUGACAUUAAAAAGGAUAAUGUUGAAUCCAAGAUUGAGCCUACAGAUUCACUGUCAGAUUUGUCUGAUUCUGUAGUAAUCAAGCCUGAAAAACUUGACAAUGUGAGAAGUGUAUCUGUCAAUUCAAUUGUAGCUGCAGACUCCCCAAACAUAGACUUGAAGCCAGAGAGAAGUGCUCCUGAUGUCCAAGUAGAACUGCAUUCAGAGACAAGCGGUCCGGCAUAUAGAACAUCGCCAGAAGCUUCCCCAAGAAGCCAUAUAACCAUUCCAGAAUCCCAAGGAACACCUUCUAGUCAACUAUCUGUGAAAGCAAAGAAGACCAAAACUGACAAGAGUGCUUCCAGCCAAAAACGCAAGUCUCUUUCAGCUGGUAAGAGAUCUCCUUCAAACUCAAAUAUUGAUUCUGGUGCAAGAAGUAGCAUGGAACAAUUACCUAAAGAUCAAAAGAAUGGGAAGAGGCGUAAUUCUUUUGGUUCAAUAAGACCUGAGCAGACUGAUGAAGGACCCAGGGAUAGUAGCAGUAGCAAUUCGGUCCCUCAUUUUAUGCAAGCUACGGAAUCAGCAAGAGCCAAGAUCCAAGCAAAUAGUUCACCAAGAUCAAGCCCAGAUGUUCAGGACAGAGAUUACAUCAAGAAGAGACAUUCCUUACCUGGUGCAAAUGGAAGGCAGGGAUCUCCGCGCAUCCAACGCUCAAUGUCUCAAGCACAGCAGGGUACAAAGGGAAAUGGCAGCCAGGUUAUUCAUGAGAAAAAAUGGCAGAGGUGAAGAGUAUUCGAAAUUCGAUCAUGUGCAGAAGGUGGUAGUUUAACCAGCAAGGCAAAACUUGGAGGUUUGUGUUGACCAUAUUUUUUUUCGCCAAGGUGGCAUUUUAGUCCCAUGCUUGACAUCAAGAGUUUGGUGAGGUGAGGAAGGAGAUAUAUAGAACAGUAUAAGGAUUUCUUUGUAUAUUAAUAGUACCCAAAGAAGGUUUAUAUUAUUAUUCUUAUUUUUUUUUCUCGAACUUUUCUAUAUUAGUUGUGUGGUUGUUGAAAUAUUAUUUUGUGUGAUAUGAUUGAUUGAGGGUUGUUAAACGUGUUUUGAGUUUUGUAUCUGGAAUUUGAGACGGUCACUUCGGACUGGUGAGCUCCACGAUGCUAAUAAAAUUCUUUUAUUCCUUCCA